CCGCCGCCGCCCUGAGUCACUGCCUGCGCAGCUCCGGCCGCUCGCCUCUGCGUCCGAGCCCUCCUGGAACGAUAUUUGCAGUUCUUACAAGAUGGCAGACAUUGACAACAAAGAACAGUCUGAACUUGAUCAAGAUUUGGAUGACGUUGAAGAAGUAGAAGAAGAAGAAACGGGUGAAGAAACAAAAAUCAAAGCGCGUCAGCUAACUGUUCAGAUGAUGCAAAAUCCUCAGAUUCUUGCAGCCCUUCAGGAAAGACUUGAUGGUCUGGUAGACACACCAACAGGAUACAUUGAAAGCUUGCCUAAGGUAGUCAAAAGACGGGUGAAUGCUCUCAAAAAUCUUCAAGUUAAAUGUGCACAGAUAGAAGCCAAAUUCUAUGAGGAAGUUCAUGAUCUUGAGAGGAAGUACGCUGUUCUCUAUCAGCCUUUAUUUGAUAAGCGAUUUGAGAUCAUUAAUGCAAUUUAUGAACCUACAGAAGAAGAAUGUGAAUGGAAACCAGAUGAGGAGGAUGAAGUUUCGGAGGAAAUGAAAGAAAAGGCCAAAAUUGAAGAUGAGAAAAAGGAUGAAGAAAAAGAAGACCCUAAAGGAAUUCCUGAAUUUUGGUUGACAGUUUUUAAGAACGUUGAUUUGCUCAGUGAUAUGGUUCAGGAACAUGAUGAACCUAUUCUAAAACACUUGAAAGAUAUUAAAGUGAAGUUCUCGGAUGCUGGCCAGCCUAUGAGUUUUAUCUUAGAGUUUCACUUUGAACCCAAUGAAUAUUUCACAAAUGAAGUGUUAACAAAGACUUACAGGAUGAGAUCAGAACCAGAUGAUUCUGAUCCCUUCUCUUUUGAUGGACCAGAAAUUAUGGGUUGUACAGGGUGCCAGAUAGAUUGGAAAAAAGGAAAGAAUGUUACUUUGAAAACCAUUAAAAAGAAGCAGAAACACAAGGGACGUGGGACAGUUCGUACUGUGACUAAAACAGUUUCCAAUGAUUCUUUCUUUAAUUUUUUUGCUCCUCCUGAAGUUCCUGAGAAUGGAGAUCUGGAUGAUGAUGCUGAAGCUAUACUGGCUGCAGACUUUGAAAUUGGUCACUUCUUACGUGAGCGUAUAAUCCCAAGAUCAGUGUUAUACUUUACUGGAGAAGCUAUUGAGGAUGAUGACGAUGAUUAUGAUGAAGAAGGUGAAGAAGCUGAUGAGGGUUAUCAGCUCUUUGAAGAAGUCAAAAGCUGCAGUAAACUUUUUCAACGUUGGCUGCAGUAAAUCUUUUCAAUAAAAGCUGUCUGGAUGUCUCAAGUUGUGUUGGGAAAUUUUUCAUAUUAGAAGCUUUCAAAUUAAAUUGUAUUAUCAACAAACUCUGUAAUCAUGAAAAUCUGUUGACCCAUAGAGUAACUUGUAUUAAAAAUUCCAUACAUUAUGAGCC